AUGUCUGAGUACAGAAAAUAAGAGGACGAGUAUUAGCCUCUUUUUGAGAGAUAAUAUACUAAUGGUUAUGGAUCGGUAAUUAUUGAUAAUGGCCCUGAAAAAGAGACACCUCCAAAACUGGAAGAGCCAGCUUAGGUUAUAUUGAAUCUCAGAAACCUAAGAAAAAUGAGGGGCACACCUACUUAUAAGAAAUAAGAAUCUCAGAAUGAAUAACCUGUUUAGAGUCCAGAUUGGCAAAACGUUUUUCUUCCCUUGUAGGCUUUCACAUUUUUAUUUGCCUUUCAGCUAUUUAACUGGUAUGAAUCCUUAAAAAGAACUCAUGAAACAAUAUAUCGUAGACUUAACAUGCAUCUAAUUAUGACAGUAGUUAUGCUAUCAAUAUUUUACCUGCUUUUGGCAGAUUGUUUAAAUUUCACUCACAUAUCAGUGAUAGGCCGACUAAUUAGAUUCAUACCAGUCUACAUUGUGGCUUUAUCAACAUUUUCAAUUUUUAUGUACUUAUUGCCAGGUCUAUGUGACCCAGAGAUUAACAGAACUAAGAGAUUGCCAUUCUUGAUGAUGAACUAUUUUGUAGUUUCCAUUCUGACCAUAGUAUACUUCAAUAUAAACGGCUUUUAAAUUAUUUAAAAAUCAAAUGGAAUCAUAAUGUUCUUCCCAUUGAUCUUCAACCUAGUUAUGCAUUUAAUCACUAUUUUAACUGACUAAUUACAACAUAAAACUGAGCUAUUAGUUGUAUCUUCAAUACUUGCUGAAAUAAUUAUAUUUAGCUUGGAAUGGGAUUAAUCUAUUGUUAUACGCUUCUCAAUCGCAAUCAUUACUUGGUUUUAUAUAUACUAUAGAAUUAUAAUGAAGAUCAAGUACUAAAAGUUGAAUGAAAAUAGUAAGAAUGGAAAUAAUAAUGGAUAAUUUAUUGACCAAGAGUUAGCUAUAAACUAAAGUUAAUAAUGA